GAGGGAGGGAGGGAGGGGAUGGAGGGGAGGGCGCUGGUCCCGCUCCCCGGGGGCGGCUUCGCUCGCCGCCUCCCUCUUUGUGUGUGUCGUUCGCUUCCCCCCCCCAGCCCCCCCCCCAAAUAAUUUUCUGCUGAAACAAUAGCAAAUAUCAGCGUUUAUUUGCAAAGGGGCCGCUGGCGAGGCGGGGCGCGGGCGGCUCGGCCCCGCACAAUGGGGGCUUUGUUGGGCGCACAGGGCUCCUCUGUGCGGGAGCCGCCGGGCUCGGCCCCGCCGCCAGCCCCGCGCCCCCGGUGCCCCCGCGGGGCAGUGGGAAGCACCAUCGGAUCAGCGGGAAAACGCGAGCCGGGUUUAAAGUUGGCGCUGGCACCCCAUGGAGCGUAGUUAAUCGGCGGGAGGAGCAGCUACGAGUGUAGCCGGGCAGAUGGAAAAGUCCCCGAGAGGUUCUGGGCUCAUUGAACGUGGUUUUGGGCACCAGCGGUGGUAUCGGUAAUAGAAACUAUUGAAUUGGGGUGCAGGGACCAUCUGGAGGAGGGAAGAAGCUCCGUGACAGGCGCCCAACUCGUUUCAGUGGCACACCAUGGAUACCACCGGCCACAGCAUCCUCCUCCUCCAGCAGCUGAACAUGCAGCGGGAGUUUGGCUUUCUGUGUGACUGCACAGUUGCCAUUGGAGAUGUUUACUUCAAAGCCCACAGAGCGGUGCUCGCUGCUUUUUCAAACUAUUUUAAGAUGAUAUUUAUUCAUCAGACAAGCGAAUGCAUAAAGAUUCAGCCAACAGACAUCCAGCCUGACAUAUUUAGCUACUUGUUACAUAUCAUGUACACUGGGAAAGGGCCAAAGCAGACCGUCAGCCAGAGCCGACUGGAGGAGGGCAUCCGCUUUCUCCACGCAGACCACCUCUCCCACAUCGCCAUCGAGAUGAACCAAGCCUUCUCCCCAGAGCCAGUCCAGUCCUCCAACUUGUACGGGAUCCAGAUCUCGACGGCACACAAACUGGCAAAGGAGCGCCUGGGAGCGAAGGACAGCCUGCCCAAGGCGGGCGGCAGGUCUGCGGCGCAGGGCGAUCACCCUCAGCUGCAGCUGUCCCUGGCCAUCGGCCUGGACGACGUCCCCCUGGACCAGCAGGUCGCUCGCCCCUCCGCCCCGCCCGCCUCCCUCGCCAAGCCGGCAGAGGAGCGUCCAAAGCUCUCGGUCUCCAUAAAGCAGGAGAGGUGCGACUCGGAGCCCGUGGUGUCCCAGAGCUGCACUCCUCCUUCCCCAGAGGUGGCCAGCCCCAUCUUUGCCAAGGCCAGCCUGAAGGUGCACUUGUGUCACUACUGCGGGGAGCGCUUCGACUCCCGGGGCGGGCUGCGGCAGCACCUGCACACCCACGUCUCUGGCUCGCUGCCCUUCGGCGUGCCGGCCUCCAUCCUGGAGAGCAGCGACCUGGGCGAGGUGCAGCCUCUGGCUGAGGACAGGGAGGCUGGGGAUGACCACCGGCUCAGGGCCUUCCUCCUCAAGGAGGAUGAGCAUCAGCUGGAGCAUCCAAGCUGCAGCGACCUGGAGCCUCUGCAGAUUGGCCAGCUCUCCCUCAUCUCCAAGGACCACGAACCGGUGGAGCUGAACUGUAACUUUUCUUUCUCAAGAAAGAGAAAAAUCAUCUGCACUGUCUGCGGCCGCACAUUCUUCCGGAAGAGCCAGCUGCUGGAACACAUGUACACGCACAGGGGGAAGCAGCACAAAUACAACCGCUGCCAGAGGCUGGAGAGCCCCGCCACCCCCAGGUUUCACCCUUACUGUGACAGCGAGAGUGUGGGUAAGAGCUCCAGUUUGUCCCAAGACCACUUAGAUGAAUGUAUACUGGAGUCAGAUCUCGUCCAAGAAAGUGUUGAUACGAUCCUGGUAGAGUAGUUCUCCCCCUGUGUUGCCUUCAGAUGCUGAAACUCUCUGGAUGUUUUGGCAUUUUCCACAUAGGGAGUGGCUGCUCUCUGCAGCAGAUUUUGUUCAACCACCAUUCCCCUCACCCCCAAGAUAACUGUGAAGGAUUGUGUACUUUGAUUUGUGUACUUGCUUUUUUACUUCUCUAACUUUUAAACUCUAGCUAAUUCCCAUCUAAGUCCUUCUUGGAAGCCUCUAUGUAACUCGGUUACAUUUUUCCUAAAUAUGAACUUAUUCCUGCUCUGCUUUACUAGAGUUAAGACUGUAUUGCUGGGUGUGAGGUUUAAACGUUGUCCAAUACUCUGUGCGGUGCCUAGGACUGUUUGUAUCCCAUAGAAUUGCUUUUCUGAAACCAGAUGGGUGGAAAUGUAGAGGGAAAUGUGUAUUGUGUUUCCCAAACAGUUUGUUUGUAAUGAAAAUAAAUAUCUCAAGGAGAUGAA